AUGUCAAUGAUUAGUAAUUUAAAUAAAACAACCUCGUCAAAGUCAAUGGUGGAUUUAAAUGUGUUAGAAGUUAAAAUUGAUAAAGAGACUCCGAAACAAUAUCUUGACAGAAUGUUAGCUGAUAACUUUCAUCAAUCUGCACUCAAAGCUUACAUGGAAAUUUUUGAAUUUGAAAAAGUUCCUAUCGAUCUU